UUUGAUUACUUAUUAUAAUGGCUAAUACCCCGCUAGGCUCUUCUCAUGGUCUUCCGUGUAUAGACAGUUCUGAAUACAAGCACAACCUUGCGAAAAGUCACCUUCAUCAACUCCCAGCAGAGCUACUUCUCCAGAUCGGCAAAUAUCUAUCCCCCGAUGGUAUUUUUGCCAUACGUCUUGUUUCCCGAGACUUGCACACCACUUUUGAGCCACCAUUGAUUCUUGGUCCUUUGGAACGUGAUUACUUCAGAGCCCUCCUCCGUCGCGACCUGUUAUCCUGGCAUUCUCGAUGGGAGCGUUUCAAAGGCUUGGUCAACUUGCCCAAAGCCGUCUGCAGUGCGUGCAAAUUCACGCACCCCAAAUCACAAUUCUCUCUUCAUCAGCUGUCCGAGCAGCCUGGGCUCCGCGUGUGUUUAGGUGCUGAGAAUGCUUUAAAGAUCUGUCAGCAUCGUUCGUUCACAUUGAAUGAGAUUCGCGACGCUUGGCUCGACAACAGGGAUCAACUUCACUCGAACUCAGUCUUCAUCUCUAAACGCAGUCGCGCCAGCUCUCCUGAUGGUACUACGGCAGACUCUUAUGCACCUUCCCUUGAAGCCAUCAUUGGACAGUCCCGCACCGCAGGAAAAUGUGGGAUAGUCCGUUAUUUCCGCCUCCUCAUCCUGCAAACGUCCAAGGGCUUGACCGCUGAAGAUUUGGCUGCUCCUCUAUCCGCCAUAAAGGAAACUCUAUGUCCGCAACUAACGGCUGUUGAACUUCCCGAAUUGCGUACUUUGAGAGUGAUGAGAUCGGAGGGCAAGUAUGGCUUAUGCCGUUCCUGCCGACUCGAUUUCGUACCGUGUCAUGGCAACAACUGCAGCUCAAAGUAUUCAAUUCUUCGCCAGCAGUAUGUUGAAAGCCGGGAGCUGGAUGAGGUUAUUCUAGCCGUCUACAAGGACCAUGAGGCGCCUAUCUGGGAUCUCGCGAACCCAGCAUGGUUUCACGACUUGGCCAGUCGGUUAUCGAGGGAACAGAAGACAUUGAAUGGCAAGCUUAGCGGUAAGGAACCUGGGACUGUACUUUUUAAGACAAACGGACCAACAGAAUGGAGCUGGAGUGAGGUUUGAACAAGGCAGCGGGCUGUAUCUACGCAGCUGUAUGUAGCAGAUGCAUCAUUGCGGAUUCACGAGUAAUCUGGGUGCCAACAUGAG